AAACCCCGCCAUCACGCCUUACUCUAACUUCCACCUCCCACUCUCUCUGCCGACCCCUGCCUACCUCCAUCACCAGCUCUUAGUACAACAUUGCACGAGCCGUCGACGACGAUAUAUCCAACCUCCAUCUUCACUCACCGCAUACCACUUCCGUUCAAGCAAGCUUCAAACCAGCACAGUCCGACAGCGUUGUACCUCGGCAAUCAAGCUCCUAGCCUCAAAGACGGAACGUCAUCAUCCACAAUGGCCGCCAAAACCGGAGAAGCUGCCGCGCGUGCGUUCUUCUCAACGCCCACCUUCGCUGUUGUGGGCGCUUCCAAUGACCCAUCCAAGUAUGGAAACAAGAUUUUCGCAUGGUACCUCUCGGAGUCCCUGCCUGUGACGCCUAUCAACCCCACCGCCGCGACAAUCACUGCGCUGUCGGCCGACCACCCCGCCGUCAAGUCUCUGUCCGCGCUGCCCUCCCCCAAGACCACAGCAGUUUCGAUCAUCACGCCCCCGAAGAUCACACAGAAGGUCUUGGAAGAGGCCAAGGGCCUCGGUGUGCCGGCGGUCUGGUUGCAGCCUGGAACUUUCGAUGGUGACGUUAUGGCGUAUGCAAAGGAGAACUUCGGUGUUGCGGUUGGAGGAGAGGGAGGUGGCGGUAGUGAGGGGUGGUGUGUGCUUGUCGACGGCGAGGCGGCAUUGGUGGGGAGGGGAAAGCUGUAGGGCAAUUACAAAAUGGACGGGGAUGGUUGAUACAAUAAUAUAGUGAAACAUAAUAUCUAUUAUCAAAAUGGUACAUCGCGGAGUCUGGCUCUGUAAUAUGUCAAGUCGUGAGGAGGGAAAGGGAAG